AUGAGUAUCGUACUGAUGCCUACCCCCCAACCUUUCAUGUACAAUCAGUACUAUCCUGGCCAGGACUUGACGUCGGAGUCCGAAAUACACCUGACUUCGCCCCAACACCAAUAUACUAUCCCCGCGACGACGUCGUACCGCGGCUUCACCAUGUCACAACAAGACCCACAGGGCUCGCGUUCGAUGCAGCCACCGCCCCCACCGCCCCCCUCUGCGCCCAUGCCCAUCGACCCCUCGCUCGCGCAAGCUUCGAUGUACCAGGGUCAAUACUUUGGCCACUACCAGCAGUCUCCCCCGCACCAACAUUCAACACCGCAUUCCGGCCAUCACUCUCAGGUCUCUCUCGCUGCCAGCCUAUCCUCAGCAUCAUCCCCUUCCGACGCGAUGAGUACACCGCCGACUGAGCCGUUCGCAUUCGCUAGUCCCGGCAAACGUCCGUCUUCCGCGAGUACGGAAGGGGACCGCAAGCGGCAGAAGCAGGAGGACGACCCUUCGGCAUCUCCCGUGGACAAAGAGGGUGCUCCCAAGGCUAAGCCUACGCGAGGCUCAAGGGCUUGUACAGUAUGCCGGCGUCUCAAGAUGAAGUGCGUAGGUGCAGAGCAAGGACCUCCAUGCAAGCGCUGCUUGUCCGGUAACCAUGAGUGCAUUUUUGAAGAAUCGAAUCGUGGCAAACGCUCCUCCAAGAAGACCGAGCUGUUGACGCGCUCGCUCCGGAAGAUGGAACGCACGCUUGACACUGUCCUCAAAUCGAUCGGCAAUCCUAGUAUCGCGUCCGGGAUGAUCUCACGCUCGCCUUCUCCGUCCGACGACAUGGCCAAUGGUACUCAAUCUCUGCUUUCUCAUCAAGACGAACAACCAUUGGCAGGCCCGUCGACAGUACACUCGCAGCCACUACCACGAUCGCCUAAGCUUCACUCCCUACCGGAUAACAGCCUCAACCCGCUCGGCCUUUUAGCUGAGGCCAGUCUGGCCAACCGACGCGCCCAGUCGGCUCGAGGAAUCCAAGAUUCGACGUUGAAUGGACGACCAAAGGUUGGGGUAGCAAGCGAUGCAUACUUCAAACCGGGUCCUAUGACUAUACUACCUCUCCGGCGUCUAUUCAUCGAACGCCAAGUGCAGCCCGAGAUGCUAUCUUUCGUGUCAACCGAAGAGGUCGUCGAUCUCUUCAAUAUCUAUUAUGAUCACAUGAACAUGCAUUCGAAUGUCCUUGAUCGGGACUUCCACACGCCGGCUCUAGUCUGCUCUCGCUCGCCCUUUCUCCUGACUGUCGUCUGUGCGAUCUCGUCCAAGUUUUACUCAGCGCGACCAGAGCUGCAUCCCAAACUUACCGAACUGGCCAAGAAGCUAGCUUGGAAUGUUCCCGCGCAGGGCUACAAGUCCGUCGAGAUCAUUCAAGCGUAUCUGCUUCUCUCCUUAUGGGGCUGCGGACCCGUCGAGAGGUACGAACAUGACAAGACGUGGCUCAUGCUCGGGAUGGCCAUACGUAUGGCCACGGACCUUAAUCUUCACCGCAAAACCUCCACCCACAGCGCGGAGACUGCCGAAGGCAAAGCGCGAGAGCGUGAGGUGCAUAAUAGGGAGCGAACCUGGUUGAUCUGCUUCUGCCUCGAUCGAAGCUUGAGCGCACAGAUGGGCAAGCCAACGAGCAUUAAGGAAGAUUCCAUCAUCCGUGAGUGCCUUCUUUGGGUACAGUCACCCAUGGCGCAGCGUGGAGAUUUCUCCGUGGCUGCCUACGUAGAAUUGCAACGGAUCAUGUCGCGCAGUCUCGAGCUGUUGAGUUCUGAUACGAGAUCGUCAUCUGGCCUUCUCACCGACAUCGACUACAUGGUUGUCCUACGCACUUUCGAGCGCCAAAUUGAGUCCUGGUACCAGCAUGUCAUCAAUGCCGACAAGGGAGAUGAUCCCGUCGCUAAGUAUCACUCGGUUAUGCCCGACUUCUUCGGCAACUAUUCCUUACUUGCGAUCAACUCUUUUGGUCUACAGAAUGCACUAGAACGUGUGCCUGUAGAGAUCCCUCACUUCUUCGCUCGCGUUCUAUCGGCCGCGAAGAAAUGCGCAUACCUGACGCGGGAUAUUCUUGCUCCGGUCGGCUUCUUGAAGUACGCUCCCGACUCGCAUUUCGUGUACAUCUCGUAUGCCGUCUUGAGCUUGCUCAAGUUGCUUCGUCCUGAGUUUCCUCUCACCCGCAACGAUGAGACGGAGAUCUUGAGCCUUGUAAAAGAUGUUGCCGACGCCUUCGACAGCAUAGCAGUUGGACCUAUGCACACGCCGGCGUUGUAUAGCGUCUUACUCCGAGCUCUUCUCAAUUCGAGGACAGAUCCGCAAGGAGCCGAGCAAACGGUAGCGUCGACUAGCGCCCAAGCGAAUGGCAUGAAUCAUCAUCCGAAUGAGCAGUAUGAACCGAGCAUGCAACCUGCGGACAUUGACGGCACAUAUCCACCCUUGGACUACCAAUUUGCGAGCGAGAUGGGCCCUGUGGCGGACAUGUCGACGUUUCCACCGACCAUGGCCAAUUCCCGCGACGAUGACGGGGGUCUUGGUAUGCUUUCCAUGGACACCAUCCUCAAUGGUGGCUUCUGGGACAAUGUACUCGUUCCAGGUUACUCGAAUGCUAUGGAGGGCCUUAGCGGUGGGUUUGUGUAUGGUGUCGGCGGGAGCGGAGUGAUCACGCCGCACUUGGGUAUGACUCCUAUGGCUUCGCGCGUGAAUAGCCCGAGGCGUUCCGGCGAAGAGCACUUCAGUCAAUCCGUCGAAGGCAUGAUUUGA